UUUCCUGUAGUUAAAAGGAAAUUGUUUGGUUGCUAAAAACUGAGAUAAAGUUUCAUUUUUUAAUCAGUUCAAAACAUGUUAAAGCUUUAGUUAGAUCUGAUUUUCACGAAUCACGUUAUUUCAUUUUGAAUUUUAUUUUUGUAUCAAAAAAUUACACUUAUUCAAAAAUGGGUUCCUGUAGUGCAGUAAAUUGUUCUAAUAGAUCCGAGAAAGGUUAUAAAAUGCAUAAAUUCCCAGCCAAUCCUAAACAGAGAGAUAUUUGGGUGCGUAAUAUGAAACGUGAUAAUUGGACACCAACUUAUGCGUCGUGUCUUUGCGAGGUACAUUUUGAAAGCUCCCAGUUUGAAAACCAUCGAGCAGACGGGAAACGGAAAUUGAGAUAUAAUGCUGUUCCUACUAUUUUCGGUAAAUUAAAUUUACCGCCAUUGACCAAGAUUGUAUCCCAAAACUCUAUUAAAAAGAUAAAAGUUGAAAAAUUUCACCAAAAUACUGAUUCUGAGAGUGAAGAUAAAUAUUCAAAUUCGAGACCACGAAAACUACCUCGUCUAGAAAUUGAUGAAAAUUCAACCACACAUGAAGAAGAGAAUUAUAGUGAUACGUUUAUCGCCGACAAUGACGAUGAACUAUUAACCAAAGAUAAUUUAAAAAAGAAAGUUUACGAUGUAGUCGAAACAAUUAUACAAGUAUGUCAAAAUAACACCGAUAAUACUAGUGAUGAUGAAUUCGAUAUAUUCGGGAAGAGUGUAGCUGCACAAUUAAAAUCAUUACCGUUGGAUAAAGCCUUAAAAUUACAAAUGCAAUUACAAGAACAAAUUAGUUUAUUUAAAAUUAGAGUUCUACAGCAAGAAGCAACACAAAAUAGUUAAAUACUUGAAGGAAGAAUGGAUUUGAAACUUUGUGAUUUAUUUAAGGUUGUACGACUACUGUAGAGAGAUAUUACAGUGGUCGUAAACUUAUGAUUUCUCCUACAAAAGCGUAAAUUCAAAUACACGUUUUCCGAACGUCCGCAUAAGCAGUUUAUUGCUAAAAUAUACGUUAAGAAAGGACGUCAGUCAUGAUGCUCGUGUGUCCGAAACCUGUCGCGAAUCUCCU